AUGACGGCGUCGUCUGAGGGUGCCUUCUUCCGGGCAGCGCAGCAGGCCGUGUCAUCGUGGACGAGCGAGGCCGCAAAGACAUUCACAUCUGCAACCGCAAAUGCAUCGAACGGUGGCGGUGAUGGUGCUGGUGAUGGUGGGGAUAGCGAUGACACAGACGUGGACGCGGAGGAUGAGGGCCAGCUGGUUGUGCCCGGUCUGGACGCAUUCACGCAGAUGAUGACGACAGCAUCGCGGGUGCAGGCGGAGGCGGCGGAGGAGCAAAGACGACUCAUGGACGAGCCACAGCCAUACAUCAUCGACCUAGAUCGCACGGAUUUCGUCGUUGGUGCUCGCAAGGCGGAUUACUUCCGCGUGCAACAGCUGUGGGAGAUGAGCACAUCUCAUACAGACUACUGGCGCAGCAAGGCCGUUGUCAACUUCAUUUUCCGCGUGCUUGCAGGCACGGUUGAGAAGCCCGAAUCGCCCCUCUCGCCACCGCCCUCUCCAACAACAAUGGAUGAACAGCCGGACGAACAGCAACAGCAGCAAGAGCGAGAAGCGACGGAGGAGGAGAAGAGGCGUGCACGGCAACAACACGGAGCAGACGCAACAAGUGGUGACGGUGAUAUGAUGAGCGAGGAGGAGGAAGCAGAGUCGUUUGAGCACGACGACGCCGGGCAAGCAGACCAGCAGCAGUCAACGGCUCAUGAUCUGGAUUAG